CAAUGUGUAUUUUCGUUAAAUGAAUAAAACGUUAUCCACCGUUAUUUAAAUGUUAUUAAAAGUAGUCAGUACGUGGCGCCGAGAUCGUCUUUGACAUAAUCGUGAGAUUCGUGUCCCCGAUGGUAAGGCCCAUCUUCAGAGAUACGAAGCACAAAUCGUCUCAGACCCAUCAUCAAGGUUGAGUACCAAGACUAUUGCCAUAACGCAUUAAAUGCAUUUAGCGAGGAAGUGGGGACUUAGUCGGUUUAAUGUUAGUCAGUGUCACACUAGCCACUGACAGGUCAAUAGUUGGGUGGAGCGUUUCUCAACGUAGUUGGAAACAGACGUCGUCGCACUUCGAAUGUCUCGGCGAAUAUUUUUCUCGCCGCGAUUAUAAACUAGCGCGUAUAAACUGAGCAAAGUGUGUUACGAAGAGUAAUUUGAAAAUGGCUGAGGAGACCAGUUCUGCACCCAACCUCUUAACACGAAUGAAGGGAUAUCUUAAGGAAGCACCAUUCUUUUGCAAAAUUGUUGAAUUGGUUUUCUGUGUUAUUGCAACGGGAUUAGUGGCGGGGCCAUUUCAACAGAACCAAAUCCGACCCACUGAUAUACAUCACACAGCGAUAUUUCAUGUGGCUGUGUCCGGUUAUAUUCUUAUAAAUGCGAUUCUUAUUAUGAGCCAUAUCUUAGGCGAAAGAUUGCCAAAAAAAACAGCUCUCAUUUUUUCGACGAUGGGUGCGAUUCUUUGCUGCACCGCCGGCCUGAUUUUGAUUCGCGACUGGGACAAUUUCUCGAGUAACCUGAUUCACGCGUAUUUGCAAGAGUACAGCGAUCAAACGGUGGCGGCCGGUUCUUUCGCGAUCUUGGCAGCUCUGGUAUUCGCCGUAGAUACGUACUUCACCAACAAGAACGACUGAUCGCCCACAGAUCUCGAUCAUCGUCAUUGCAAGGAGCGAGAUAGAAUCAACCGGUUCAUUGCUACCAUCUCGCUUCAUUAAAAGCUAUUAUUUCAAUAAUUGUCUUUUUUUCAAAAUGUUCUAAUGUAUCGAUUUUCGUAAAAAAUGUUUUUAGCUUCUUAAAAUGUUCUUAAUGUCCCCGCUAGUCUUAUUAAUUGCCUUUAAGAGAUUAUUUAACUCCUCCUUAACGUAUGUAUCAAUGUAUGAUUCACACGCACAUAAAAAAGAAAUAGUUGCCGUCUAAUUCUUCGUCAUAGACGAAGAUUAUAUUGCCAGUUGAAAAUAUCCAGAUUCCUGUUUCUCGAUUAAAAAGCAUGUAACAAAGUUACAUGUUGACAUACAUUGCCACAAUUGGAAAUAAGAUAUUAUACAUGUGGCCAUGAAUUUUGACGUAUAGCCAUUGAAAAAUAAUGGCAAUGUAUAUCAAAUGUGAAAUACAAAGUGGGAAAUGUAUAGUUGUUUUAUGUUAACAUAAUUGUGAUCAAUACCACAUGUUACAUACCAUGUGCAAUUGUGAUUGAUAAUCAAAUUCAAUUAGAUAAAAAUCAGUCAUAACAAAGCUCACGGAAGAUCUGGAGACUGAUAUGAAAAGAUUAUACAAUAAAGGUAAAGUAUUUCCUUCACGAAAUUAUCAAAUUCUUAUUAUGGAUCCUUAUUACACAGGGUAAAAUCUAUCCCCAACCCUUAUAUUUCAGAAACGGUUCAAAAUUAUAAAAAACCAAAAUAUAUAUUCAAUCAUUUCCUAUUCUUUUAAGAAAGUUAGAGUGAAGGUCCUUUGAUGAAACACGUAUUUCAUAGUUUAUCAUAAUUUUGAACCGUUUCCGAAAUAUAAGGAAAGUGGGAACAUUUUAUAGACACCUUGUAUCUUCGUUAUCGUGCAAAAGUGAUCACGAGAUCAUUCUCGAGUAAAAGUGUAAGAUUUAUUUCUAACAAGCGGCAUUGUAAUUCCUAUUAGCAAGCAUAUUAUUUUAUUAUAUAUAUAUAUUUUAUGAAACAGAUAAGCUUACAAUAAAUAAUUUGUGUAAUAUC